AUGAACACUUUUCUUCUCUACUAUCCUUUUCUUUUUGCUCUACUCUCAUUCAUCUUCUUACUUGCAAAACAAUUGAGAUCAAGAAAACCCAAACCCAAUCUACCUCCAGGCUCUAUGGGUUGGCCCUAUCUAGGUGAAACCCUGCAACUCUACUCUCAAAACCCAAAUGUCUUCUUUGCCGCUAGGCAAAACAGGUAUGGAGAAGUUUUCAAGACUCACAUCCUUGGAAGUCCUUGUGUAAUGCUAUCUAGCCCAGAGGCAGUGAGGUUUGUGUUGGUGACUCAGGCACACUUGUUUAAACCCACUUACCCUCAAAGUAAAGAAAAAUUAAUUGGUCCUUCAGCACUUUUCUUUCACCAAAACGACUACCAUGCACAAAUAAGAAGAUUGGUUCAAGCUUCAUUGUCCUUGGAUGUUACCCGGAACUUGGUCCCAGAUAUUGAAGCCAUUGCCAUUUCUGUCUUGGAUUCAUGGUCUGGAAAAGUUGUUAACACCUUUUAUGAAUUAAAGAAGUUCACGUUUGAUGUUGCUGUCUUGUUUAUCUUUGGUCACUUGAACAAUCACCACCACAAAGAACUGCUCAAGGAAAACUACUACACACUAGACAAGGGUUACAAUUCUUUCCCCACAAACCUACCUGGCUCUUCGUACAAUAAAUCGGUCUUGGCAAGGAGAAGACUAAGCUUAAUUGUCAGUGAGAUAAUAAAGGAGAGAGAGGAAAAGAGUUUGGUGCAGAGAGAUCUAUUGGGCAGCCUACUGAACUUCAAGGAUGAGAAGGGACAAAUAUUAACGCACAAUCAAAUCGUGGACAACAUCAUCGGGGUAAUGUUUGCCGCUCAGGACACCACAGCCAGUCUCCUAACUUGGAUGAUCAAAUACAUUCACGAUGACUCAAACACUCGAGAAGCUAUCCAGAUUGAGCAGAAGGCCAUUUUUGAGUCAAAUGAUGGAGGAAACCAUAUGCUGAGUUGGGCUCAGACUAGAAAUAUGCCCCUUACCAGCAGGGCUAUAAAGGAGAGCUUGAGGAUGGCAAGCAUCAUCUCUUUCACCUUUAGAGAAGCAGUCGAAGAUGUUAAAUAUAAAGGAUACUUAAUCCCAAAGGGAUGGAAAGUACUGCCUUUGUUCCGUAACAUUCAUCACAAUCCUGAUUUUUUUGUUGAUCCGCAUAAAUUCAAUCCAUCAAGAUUUGAGCUUGGAAUAAAACCCAACACAUUCAUGCCAUUUGGCAAUGGACUUCAUACGUGCCCAGGAAAUGAAGUUGCCAAGCUACAAAUGCUCAUUUUUAUCCACCAUCUUGUUAACAAGUUCAGGUGGGAAGUAGUAGGGUCCGGUGGGGUUCAUUAUGACCCAUUUCCAAUACCUCAGCGAGGACUUCCUGCCAAGUUUUGGAAAGAAACCUGCACCCAAGGAAGGACAUCAAAAGCGGGAGGAAAGCAAGCUGAAGUAGCCUUAUAA